GAUCGCCGUGUAAGUCAGAAGUGAAAUGUUAACAGUGAGUGUGGCGGUGCUUGUAUGUUUGGCAGCCUCUCUGCUGCUCGUGCAGUUCCUGGGAAUGCAGUGGAAGCGAAGACAGCUUCCUCCCGGACCAGCUCCAUUCCCCCUCUUUGGGAAUCUGCUGCAGAUGAACUUCCGAAUUCAUCACGACCUCCUUAACAAGAUGGCCAACAUGUAUGGUAAUAUCUUCACCUUAUGGCUUGCAAACACACCUGUAAUUGUCCUACAAGGGUACCAGGCAGUGAAGGAGGGGAUGACUGCCCAUGCUGAAGAGGUUGCUGGAAGGCCAUUAAACAGAGCCUUCAAGUUGAUGACUAGUGGAAACGGUCUUAUGUUCUCUAACGGUCACAUCUGGAAGCAACAGCGGCGCUUUGGACUCAUAACAAUGAGGAAAAUGGGAGUAGGGAAGCAAGGCCAGGAGUAUCAGAUCCAGGAGGAAGCCCGUCACCUGGUGCAAUACCUGCAGAACACAAAAGGAAGACCUCUGGACCCCACUGUGCCUGUUACACACGCUGUUUCCAAUGUGAUUUGUGCUCUGAUUUUGGGACACCGCUUUUCCAUAGAAGAUAAAAGAUUUCUCUGCUUGGUUGAAGCUAUGGAUGAUAUAUCAAAAUUUUUUAACAGCAUCUCGUUUUAUGUCCAUGAUCAGCUUCCCUGGAUUGGAACUCAUUUUCUAACACCGUGUAAGAAGGCUUUUGCUGGCAGAGAUAUUAUGAGGGCUCUAUUAGGAGAGGAAAUUGAAAGCCACAAAGAAAAAGGAAAAAUCAAUGAAAAUCAAGAUUUUAUUUAUUACUAUUUGGAUCAGAUGGCUAAAUCUAAAGAAGAUGCUGAUGCUACCUAUGACAAGGCCAAUUUGAUGCAGAGUAUUUUUGACCUUCUUCUGGCUGGCACAGAAACGACAGCCACCACUUUGCGUUGGGCAUUGCUCUACAUGGCGGCUUAUCCCGAUGUUCAAGAGAAAGUCCAUAAGGAGCUGGAUGCUGUCCUGGGCUCUUCCCAUUUAAUUUGCUAUGCAGACAGAAAAAACUUGCCGUACACAAAUGCUGUAAUUCACGAGAUCCAGAGAUACAGUAAUAUUGUCUUAAUUGCACUUCCCAGAUAUACUGUGAAGGACACGGAGCUGCUGGGAUUUCCUAUUCCAAAGGACACCAUCGUUCUGGUAAAUAUUGACUCUGUUCUGUCUGAUCCUGAAAAAUGGGAAACACCCGAUCAGUUCAACCCAGGACACUUUCUUGAUAAAGACGGAAACUUUGUACACAGAGAAGCGUUCUUACCAUUCUCAAUAGGGCACCGUGCAUGCAUGGGAGAGCAGCUGGCAAGGCUGGAGCUCUUCAUCAUCUUCUGCACCCUGUUGCAGGCGUUCACCUUCACCCUGCCAGACGGAGUGAAAGAAGUCAACACCAAGUUUGUUUUUUCAAGUACGAUGAAGCCACCUCCGCACCAGCUCUGUGCCAUUCCUCGGUAGGAAAUGGUGCCAUACAGACUCAGGGAAGACUUAACUCUGCGUAAUUCUGCAUAUGGAUUCCUCAUAUCACAUCUUAAGAUUUUUGCUUUCCUCAUGAUUUGGUCAGUUAUUACACUGAAAAAUUCUUUUCGGACAAUUGCAUCCUGAGGAUUUUAUCUACAAAAAGUCAAUAUUUUGUUCUUGUUUUCAACACUUGGUGUAUUUGUCCCAAUGUGUAGUAAAUAAAGAUACAAAGGGAAGAAUUAGAAUUGGGCCUUAUUUAUUAGAACAGCAUCAAGAGAGGAAGAACUUGAAUCAAGGUCUAUAAAUUAGAACUAUCUGUGCAUUCUUUCUCAUAAACCCCAGUUGCAUUUAUGGUGAUGGGUGUAAAGGUCUUUUGAUCCGUCUCCAGAUAUUAUUGUACAGAGGAGUUAGAAGAAGAUCUUGGGGGACGCUUAGUGAAGAGGCAGAUGAUAUGGUCUGAGAUAACAAUUACAUUGUUGAAGUUGGAGGUGAGGGAGUUACUGUCCCUGGAGGUGUUCAAGAACCAUGGAAAUGCGUCACUGAGGGCCAUGGGUUAGUGGGCAGUACUGGUGAUAGGCGGACAGUUGGACUGGAUGACCUUGGAGGUCUUUUCCACCCUUAAUGAUUCUAUGAUUUCCUUAGACCAAUCAGGUCUGUAGUUGUGCAACCAGGCGUCAAGAGAGUUGAGGGUUUCACUUGCUGAAACAGGAGUAUUUCUGCCCUUUGAGAAAGGAGUAAUGGGUUCAUCAGCCAGAUGUGAUGACCUUUUUGUAACGCAAGCAAGGAGCAGGGACUGGAAGAUGAGCAGCAGCAAGCAGACUCUAAAUGUUGACAAAUUGUUCUUUCUUUAUGAACCCAGUGGUUGACAGCAACAUGAGAACAUGUAUUUUUCAUGAUUGGUAGUCAUCUGGUGUUGUUCACUCCAGAUCCUUCAGUAAUGUAUUCAACUUCAUUUAUUCUUUUCAGUUCUUUAAUGGAUUCUUUGUCACAGUUAGCUGACUUGGCACCUAUCAGCAUAAAUUAGCAUAUCACUGCCAACAGAAGAUUUACCACUGCUGAAGAUUUCUUGAAGCCCUUUAUGAUCAUUGUACUUAAGUACUUGGUAAAUAUAGAUAUUCAACAUUUUGUUCAGUUACUGACAUUUAACAAGGGACUUUUUUUUUUUUUUUUGAGAGGAUUGAAAGUGUUUUUUCCAGUGGCACAUUGAAAGUGGUUACUGUAUGCCAGCAUUUCAGGGGUGAGUUUUAUACACUGGUUAGCAGACAGUGCCAUUUGUAGUCCUUGCAACCUUCCCCAUUUUCUCAUUUAUCCCGAUUUUUCACUCUUUGUUUCUGUGCUUGAGUGUCAAGUGGUCCUUUGACAAAUUGUGAGGGGUCAUUAGAGAAUUGGACUCGAUGAUCUUGUGGGUCUCCUCCAACUUCAGAUGUUCCUUGACUCUAUGAGAAUUAAUGAGGUUUUUUUUUCAGAUUCUCUUCAAUGUGCCUUGGAUGUUUGAGCCUUAUGGAUGUGAGUAGAUUACAAAACAUUCCUAGGUAAGAUGGAAGGUAAUCCUGCAGUGCCACCUAAUAUGAGAUAAAAACGUAUCUGCAUACUCUUACACUGUAGUAAUCCAUGGUAAGUGCCUCCUUAGGCUCUCUAGGGAAAACAUUACAGAGUGUGACAUUCAGCUUUGAAUAUGCUUGCUAUGCAAGCUGUGUGUUGUGCCUACAAAGGAAAUUCUGUUUUUUCUUUGGUCUUCUAACGCAGCUGCUUACUAGUUCAGCCCUUCUACAUCCAGUGUGCUUUCUUACACCCAUGUUUUCAACUCCCUUGCACACAUCUCCAUUAAUUUUCUUGCACACACGCUGCCCUCCAUCUCCUGUAAGUUUUUCUUUGGAUGCCUUCCAAGCCUGUGCUGUCCGCUCUUCUUUCCUCACUGAAAUCUUUCCCCUUAUUCUUAUCUCUCUCCCAUCUGUUGGAUGGAUAUGUUUGUCUUUAUAUAUUCCUCAUUCUGGUGUCUUCCAUUUUUCUAUUUGUCUUGUAUCCUGUUUCUGCUUUUACUGCCCUUCCUACAUUACGGAGUUGUUUGUCUUACCAUAUUCUUAUACAGUUUCUUAAGUUACCUGCGAAAUAGCUGUAGUUAUGUUCCCUAACAAUACAGCUUUGUAUGCAUUAAGCCAAAGAGUAGAUAAUGGCAGCAUGAAUUGCAGCCUCCUCACUCCCACAAGCAGAAGAGACAGAGGAAUAAUAACAUCUUUGGAGAAAGUAGCUUGGGGCUUUGUCUGAGAGCAGCAAAACAAUACCACUUUGAAAAAGGAGUGGUUGUCUAAAAGCCUAAGGAAAAAAAAAUAACGAACUGACAAUGUGGAUAUCAGCACGGGUAAAUGCCAACUCUUCCUUUCUCUUUUCCUAUGCUUGCUUAAGCCUCGGCAGGAAAGAGGUGAUAGUUGUGGAGCUCCUGUUGUGACCCAUAGAAUUUAUGUCCCAACAUUCCCAGAUUCUUUCUUGUGAAAAUACAUUUAGUUUUGGAGAAUGUAAUCUGCAUUAGAACAUCACUGUUCCUCCACACAAAGCAGAAAUUACACAACCCUUGUUUAUUGCUUCUUGAACCCCUACCCAUGCUCCCAGGAUCUUCCAUGUCCCUGAUGUAGGAUCAAGGCCCUACAGCCAUUGCGUCAUCACUGAGAUCACUGGGGAGAUCGGUUGCAUUAGGAGGGUUUUGGCUGCAAUGUCUGGAUUCCUCUGAAAGGCUUCUGAAAGUUGGAUUGGGCACUGCUUGACCCACGACCACUGAUCACAGAAUCACAGAAUUUUUAAGGUUGGAAAAGACCUCUAGGACCACCCAGUCCAACCAUCUACCUACCACCAAUAUUGUCCACUAAACUGUGCUGUUUUUAUUGAUAAUUUUUAUUGUUUGAUGACAGCGGCCUAAGGAGCUGGACCAUCCUAGUGAAAUAUGUUUUCUCAUGUUUCAGAGAUUCACAGUGGAAAAUCCAAAGAUGCUGAAACAGGUAGUUCUUGAGCCUGGAGUAAAAAGUAUUGUUGAGAGAGUUAAAUUAGAAAUGAUUGCCUUGAAAAAUAAGCUUGUUAUUACAAACAAAUAAAGCUUUUGUAGAAGCACAGAAACAGCCCUUCCUUGGUUAAUAUGCAUUCCUUCAUUAUUCUUUAUUGCUAAUGAAGCGCAGUGGUUGGAAGCUAAUGGAUGCGGAGGUCUGGGAACUGUGGGGUGGCAGCCUCCAGGCCAUUCUCUCUGGGUACACCCACUGC